AUGUCUGUACUAUCUCCCUUAACUCACUCAACUAACAAUCCCCAUCUCGCUAAAAAUAUCAUCGACAAACUAGCCAUUAAUCCACAAACAUCAAACGUAUCAGCAUCACUACCCAUAACACCUACUUCAAUAGAUUCACCUACAUUGGACCAACGUAAUAACAACGAUAACAACAAUAACAACAACAUCCCCAAAGAUUCAUCCAAGCCACAAUACAAGUCACUUCCAAUAUCACCACAACCAUCAAGACCUUCAUCUCAACUAAUAGGCUCGCCAAGGCUGGCAUUUGCUGAAGAGUUGGCACAAUUACAAAACUAUUUUGAAACGAAGCAUGCGCCAUUAUUCACUGAUGAUGAGGAAGAACUAGAUGAAACUGAAAGUAUAGUAUCAGAGGCUUUUAGUAUAAUGACACCUGACUUUUCCACUCCGACCCCAAGAAAUAACAACUACAUCGACAAUGGAGGUAACAUUAUACAACCUUAUUGGCCAUUGCAGCAACAGAGACUACAACAACAGCAGCAACAGCAACAAGCUAACACCGUUUCCACUGCAGCUUUCCUUUCAGAUUUGAAACUGACACUUCCAUCCAUCACAACCAAUGACUCACCAUCCACCAUCUUGGCAUCAUUCUUUUCUAAUCAAUUAUUUUAUGCACAAAACUUGACUCAACUUUCACAACAUUUCAUCAAUCAUGAAUUUGAUAGUUUUAGUCACGAUGUAGUACUCAACCCAAACAUUCCUUCCAAAAACUACCAUGCUAAAAUCAUUGAACAAUUGGACCAAUUAUACGUUUCUUGUAUUGAAUUGAGUUCAGUUAUAACCAUGUUUAAUGCAUUCAUUGCCAAAAUCAACCACCAUGAAGUUGGUUUACAGAAUUUGAAACUGAUAAAACAACAAUUUGAUUCCUUAAUCAAUGACUAUUUGGGACAGCAUGUGCAUCACAUUUUGGACAAGAUUAUUGAUGCAUUGUACGAGUAUAAUUUGAUGAUUGAAGAGAUGUUGGAAGAAGGUGAAAAUACCAAGGGUGAGAAUGACGAUGGGGAAGGUGAUGAUGCUGAUUAUGAUACGAUUAAUGACUACUAUAACGAAAUUGAAACGACACUUACUUUGUCUAAUUCGAAAUUAACUCAACAAGAUUGUGACAAGUUUUACAAGUUGUUGAAUGAUGAAAUUGUAAAUGACAAACAUUGGCAUGAUUAUAUUGCUAAUUUGAAAACUUUUAUAGAUUGA